AAUGACGUGCAGUUUCCUCACUGCCUGGGUAUCUGGCCUUGCUUCAAAAAUAUGUAUUUUAAAGAACAUUGUGCUGUUUGACGGUGUGAUUUUAAAACAUCAACAACAACAACAACACACUGCAUCUUUCCAGUUUCUUGAAGGUUGCCAAGGAAUCAAUUCCAGCGGCAUUUUAGCACAGUGUAAUUACGCACACUCUCAGCUCGACUCUGAAGACCUCACUGCAGAAGAAUGCAAUUUUAGAUCCCGCUGGCGUUCAAGGGCUCUUGUAGGUGGAUGGCAGUAAUGGUGAUGAUAGUAGUGGUUAAGUGUGGGCGGAGAGGGAUGUAGGGGUGGUGUCCACCUGAAUAAUUAACAAUAUGUCAUUUUUUUUUUAAGGAAUGGUACCACCGCUUCUUGCAGUACAACGAAAAUACCUCUAGUCCUCGGAGGCUAUCCUGCGCCUGGUGAUAACCGUGCGCUGCGCGUACUCUGCUCACGCCAAACCGAGGAGCUGGGAGCUACACCGAAGGACACCCGCGGUGCCAAAAAUGAGGAUCUAAAAAAAAGUUACCACCCGGUGAACCUGCCGUUUCGUUCUGGGGUCUGGAGCCGGGCAGACACCGCGCGUCGUCUGGGGAGGUCGCGCCGCGGAGAGAGAGGCGGAGCCGCCGGCUGAACUUGUCAAUUUCUGCUGAGGGAGCCAGAAAACACGAACACCCGCACCGAGAAGUGCGCCGAGCGGUCUGGGGGUCCUGUCCUCGCCUCCGAGUGGAGGCAGUGCUGGGAAAACCAGGCCUAUAGAAUGUGAGAGUAACCCUCAGUGAUGGGGAUGGAGAGGGGUGCUGUGAUUUGAGUAUCUGGAAAACGUGAGGAAGACUGGGAUGCCCACCUGUGGAUCAUGGACCACAAACCAUACCGAGAAAAGCACAGGAGCUACUUCAGCAAUGUCAAAACCAGGUUGGGGCAGAAACUGCCAGGACCCCUACUGGCUGGGCACCAGCUAGGGGACACCAGGGGGGCACGGACCGCCCAGCUGACCGAAGGCAGGGGUCAUCCCAUCACCCAGCCAGCACCCCAGAUUACCAGCGGCACCCACAUCCCAGUCAUCCGCAACCCCCAGCUCCGCAAGUACUACCUGCCAGAACUAAUGCCCUUUCAGGAUGAUGCGAAGAAUAAAGCUACAGACUUAAAACUCUCAGGAGAAAAAGUUGAAUACACAGUGCGUCCUGAAGACACACUGUUCAGCGUGGCCUCUCAGUUUCACACUACGCCCAGCCAGCUAGUGAGCCACAACAAACUGAAGUCACACACGCUUAUACCAGGGCAGCGCCUCUGUAUCCCAGAACAGAAGCCCUCCUCUCCCCCACAAGACAUACCAUCGGACCCCAGUGAUCAUUCCCCCAGGAUGCCCCUCUCGCCGUCUCCUGACUCGGACUAUGACAAGCUCCUGGAUGUGGAGGCGGUGCCGAUGCCUGACGGACAGCUCUGCCUCUUGGCCCUGCCCCCAGAGUGUUCCCCAGCCAAGAAGGAGGGGCCUGCCAUCAUGGCCUACUUGAAGCUGUGCUGCCGCUACAUCACUGACUGCAAGGGUGUGGUGUCGGGCGUCCUGCUUGUCACCCCACACAAGAUCUUCUUUGACCCUUACAAGUCCCACCCCCUGGUGCUGGAGCACGGCUGUGAAGAGUAUCUGCUCUCCUGCUCUGUGGACAGCAUCUCCUCAGCCUCCUUCUUCUCCGACAUCUCCAGGGUGCACUUCAGCACAGCCUCGACACGGAUGAAAAGUAGGAAGAAAGUCCAGAAGCCUAAAGCUCUGAACCUCGCAAGAGCUGCCAGAGCAGUCACAACAGUUCCCGGUGUGAAGAACAGCAAACUACCAGACGGUCAUGUGGAUAAAAGCCCCCCAUCUCACCCAUCUCCAGCCACGCCAGACGAAAGAUUAAGCUCAGUGUUGGAUCGCAAGCUGUCUUAUGAAGACAGAAGUGGCCGUGGAGAUGGUCCAGCAAGCGAGGAGAAAGGGCAUCAUUCAGCAGUGACUGAGAAACUGGGGAGGGCAGAUUCAGUCUGGGGUGGCCACGCCGAUGGGCUGUCUGGACAGAACCAAGAGGCAGAGUCUGAAAGCCUAGGAGCGGGGGUGCUGAGCAGUGCUGCCACCUUCUGUUGUGGAGGACUGGAGGAAGAAGGCAGAUCAGGAACGGGACCGGAGAAGAGACAGGGGACUGAGCAGCACCCAUCUUUAGGGACAGCAGCACCAGGCCCAGGCCCGGCCCGGCAGGCCCCAGGACGCCCAGCGCUGAUGUUCCUGAGGCUGCGGCUCCGUGUUCCUCCCAGGAAGAAGGGGUUGUUCCCCUCUGAGCCUGGCAGUGCCAAAGCACCUGUGUUCAAGGACGCCUGGUUCACUCUGUCUCAGGAGAGUUCUGACGAGCUGUAUGCCUACCUGAGUCACUGGAGACAAGAUCUGUGCAUCCUGGAAGGGGAAGAGCAGGAGGAAGAGGAAGACGGAGAGGAUGAAGAGUUUGUGCUGGUGGAUGAGAAGGAAGAGAUCUCCUCAUCUGAGGGCCGCGUGGCAGAGGACUGGGAGAUGGUCAGUAUGGAUGAAGGAGGAGGGCAAUCACUGAUCUUUGAUAAGGAGCCUGAAGGACUGACCGACAUCUUGGAGCAGACCAACAUCCUGGAACUGCUGCACAUCCGAGAGAUCUCCAGCCACCUGCCCCCUCGAACCGUGGGCCAUUCCUGGCAGCUGACAUACAGCACCUCGGGACAUGGAUCCAGCUUAAAGACGCUGUACAGAAAGCUAGCAGACACUGAGUCCCCAGCACUGCUGGUGAUCAAAGACUUCCACAACCAGAUAUUCGGGGCCUAUGUGUCCGACCCGCUGAGGCCUAGUGAGGCAUUUUAUGGUACCGGAGAGACAUUCCUCUUCACCUUUCACCCUGAAUUUAAGUGUUUCAGCUGGACCGGGGAAAAUUCCUUCUUCAUCAAAGGAGACCUGGACUCUUUCGCCAUCGGAGGAGGAAGCGGUCACUUCGGACUUUGGGUGGACGAGAACCUCUACCUCGGCCGGAGCAGCCCCUGCAGCACCUUCCACAACUGUCCCCUCUCCAAGACGGACGACUUCCGGGUGAUGGAGCUGGAGGUGUGGACCUUCUGCUGAGGCCCACCAGCGCUGCACGGACGAGCCCACGGCGGUUUCUGGGCAGGGCAGGCUGCCUGCUGCUGCAGAGGAAUCCCAGCGCUGUGGUUAUCAUGACCGAACCCCGAGCUCUGCCGAGAAGAGCCGAGAACUUUGACAUGUGAUGUUGAAGGACUGGCGGCACCACUGAACUGAGCUUCCCUAAGGAGAAGGAAUACUGUACAUGAGGGUACCUGAACGAGGUUCUUUUCUACAGAACCCCAGAGUGCAGGGAACUGGUGCGAAGCACUCCUGAACACUUCAGUCUUGUGUGAUAAAGAUCUUUCUGCGCUCAUUUACAGCACUGCAUUUGGCUUGGGCACUGGCUGCCUCAUUGUGUACACCUGCGCUAAAUGAAGCGAUAGAGAAAGCUUCCGUCGUAGAGCAGAAACCCGAGACCCAGGGUGUAUCGGCCCUGGGCUUCUGAGCACUGGGAAUGGUGAGAAAAACAUCUUUGGACAGGGGCUGGCAUUUAGCUGUUUGCAAGCUUAAAUGCCGAAAAUGCAGAGUCACCCAAUCAGACAGGGACUUGAUUCUGAAUCAAUAUCCAGACUUCAUUAUGUACAGCUAUUGUCCUUCUUUGAUUCUGGUUUACUUCCACCUCUAUCAAAUAAGUUCAAAGCUAGUAAGCAUGCACUUACACACUACUGUAUAAAUGAAGGCAGAAACUGUUAGUAUAAUAAUAGCAAAUAGCUAUUUUCCAAUUGCACUGCUAUCGCCCAUGAUUCACAGUCGUUGCUUUUACUAUGCUCUCCAUUUGGAAUCUUCGGAAAACCAUGCAAUGUUAAAAGCAUAGUGUGUAAAACACCAUAAUUAAACAGAAUAAUAAUAUUUUAGCAUU